AUGAAGACCAUCGCUCUUGUGUGCGUGCUGUUGGGCGUGGCCGCCGCCCUCCCCGGCCUCCGUCAGCGCCGUGACUCCUCGGCCCUCUUCUACGAGCUGCCCUCCAACGCCUCCCUCAUCCUGGGCGGCAUCCAGACCGGCUUCGAGUGCGGCGACCUCCCAUACGGUUACUACGCCGACGAGGCCAACAACUGCGCCAUCUUCCACGUGUGUCUGCCCUACAUCGACAACGACCUCUACAUCACCCGCCACUUCUCCUUCAUGUGCGGCGCAGGCACCAUGUUCGACCAGGAGCGCCUUGUGUGCGACUUCCCCGAGAGCGCCCUUCCCUGCUCCGAGGCUGCCGCCUUCAGGAAGUCCAACGAGUACUUCGGCCGCGAGGACGUCAACUUCCUCGAGAAUAUAAGAUUCGAUCUCGUGGUCGUGCAACGGUCCGGGUCGUCAUCGGAAAUUCCUGUGUCGCUCCGUCGUUCGUGUGAAGACCUAGUCCGGCUCUCUGGAUCAUGA